GCCUGCGGUAGAUGUACUGAGGCUGGACUAGCCACCAUUUUGCAUGUUGGUCCUCCCUCUCUCAAUUGCUAAUAGAGACGACUCCAGCCUUUUUCUGGCAUCAUUACGGCUAGCAAUGCCAGCUCCGAUCAGACUUCGGGAGCUGAUCCGGACCAUCCGGACAGCACGGACCCAAGCAGAGGAGCGAGAGAUGAUUCAGAAGGAGUGUGCAGCUAUACGCUCAUCAUUUAGAGAGGAAGACAAUACUUACCGUUGCAGAAAUGUAGCAAAGCUGCUUUAUAUGCACAUGUUGGGUUACCCAGCACACUUUGGGCAGCUGGAAUGCUUGAAGUUGAUUGCAUCCCAGAAGUUCACUGACAAACGAAUAGGUUACUUGGGAGCUAUGCUGCUGUUGGAUGAGAGGCAGGAUGUCCACCUAUUAAUGACAAAUUGCAUCAAAAAUGACCUGAAUCACAGCACACAAUACGUGCAGGGCUUGGCCUUGUGCACUUUGGGUUGCAUGGGCUCCUCAGAAAUGUGUCGUGAUCUUGCUGGUGAGGUGGAGAAGCUGCUCAAAACAUCGAAUUCCUACCUGAGGAAAAAGGCAGCCCUUUGUGCAGUUCAUGUCAUCAGGAAAGUUCCAGAACUUAUGGAAAUGUUCCUUCCAGCCACAAAAAACCUGCUGAGUGAGAAGAACCAUGGUGUUCUCCAUACAUCUGUUGUACUCCUCACUGAGAUGUGUGAAAGAAGUCCUGACAUGCUGGCACACUUCAGAAAGAAUGAGAAGCUUGUUCCCCAAUUGGUGAGAAUCCUGAAAAAUCUAAUCAUGUCUGGGUAUUCUCCUGAACAUGAUGUGUCAGGCAUAAGUGAUCCUUUCCUACAGGUCCGGAUAUUGAGACUACUAAGAAUUUUGGGCAGGAGUGAUGAUGACUCCAGUGAAGCUAUGAAUGACAUUCUUGCACAGGUUGCAACCAACACAGAAACAAGUAAAAACGUAGGCAACGCAAUCCUGUAUGAGACUGUGCUGACUAUAAUGGACAUAAAGUCAGAAAGUGGACUAAGGGUGUUGGCCAUUAACAUACUAGGACGCUUUCUUCUUAACAAUGACAAAAAUAUAAGAUAUGUUGCCCUGACAUCUUUAUUAAAGACUGUUCAGACAGACCACAACGCAGUGCAAAGACAUCGGAGCACCAUUGUGGAUUGUUUGAAAGACCUUGAUGUAUCAAUAAAGAGACGUGCAAUGGAACUGAGCUUCGCCCUGGUUAAUGGCAACAACAUCAGAGGCAUGAUGAAAGAGCUACUCUACUUUCUCGACUCCUGUGACCCCGAAUUUAAGGCAGACUGUGCAUCAGGAGUCUUUCUAGCUGCAGAAAAAUAUGCUCCUUCAAAAAGAUGGCAUAUAGACACAAUAAUGAGAGUUCUGACAACGGCGGGGAGUUACGUUCGAGAUGAUUCUGUUCCCAACCUCAUCCAGCUCAUUACCAAUAGUGUGGAGAUGCAUGCCUACACAGUACAGAGACUCUACAAAGCCCUGCUGGAUGACAUCUCACAGCAACCCUUAGUGCAGGUGGCAUCCUGGUGUAUAGGAGAGUAUGGAGAUCUACUGGUAUCUGGACAGUGUGAAGAGGAGGAGCCCAUCCAGGUGACCGAGGAUGAAGUACUGGAUGUGCUUGAAGGACUACUUGUGUCCAAUCUGUCCACCCCUGUGACCCGGGGUUAUGCUCUCACCGCUAUCAUGAAGUUGUCCACUCGAUUCAGCAGUGUUAACCGAAUCAAGAAGGUUGUUUCGAUAUAUGGAAGCAGCAUCGAUGUGGAGCUUCAGCAGAGAGCUGUGGAAUACAAUGCCCUUUUCAAGAAAUAUGACCACAUGAGGCCUGCUCUGUUAGAGCGAAUGCCCGUUAUGGAGAAAUCAGCAACAAAUGGUCCUACAGAGAUUGUGCAGACCAAUGGGGAGGCAGAGUCCACUGUUGUGGAACCGAAACAUCCACCGCCUCUCACUCAGCCUGCCAGUCAGGCUAAUGAUUUAUUAGACUUGCUUGGUGGCAAUGAUGUACCAGUAAUCCAGAACACAGUGCCCACCAAACCAGCUUCAGCUGGAGGAGAGCUACUUGAUCUGCUGGGAGACCUUUCACUAACUGGUAGUCCAGCCCCCUCUGUGCCCUCUGUACCCACUUCCCAACCCUCUUUCCUCCUGGAUGGCCUUUCCUCACAGCCCCUGUUUAAUGAUAUUGCAGCUGCAGGUAUCCCUCCUAUGACUGCAUACAACAAAAAUGGGCUGAAAAUAGACUUUACUUUUGAGAGAGCGAACCCCAAUCCAAACAUCGCGGUCAUCACCAUCCAUGCUUCCAACUCGACAGAGGCAGAUAUGACAGACUUUGUUUUCCAGGCUGCAGUGCCAAAGACAUUCCAGCUGCAGCUCCUCUCCCCGAGCAGUAAUGUCGUCCCAGCACUCAACCAGGGAAACGUCACACAGGUUGUCAGAGUCCUUAAUCCACAGAAGCAACAACUACGAAUGAGGAUCAAGCUGACGUACACUCACAAAGGCUCGCCUGUGCAAGACCUGGCUGAGGUUAAUAAUUUCCCCACUCAGUCCUGGCAGUGAUGAGCUGCCUCUGUUGCUUUUAAAAAAGCCUCAUUAAGGGAACUAUGAAAACUGUUGUCCUUUCACCGUCCUCCCUUCUUCCGAACGGAUCCCCCUGUGUCGUCAUUGCAGGCCAUCGCCAUUGAGUUGCAUGGGACGCAGCAGAGCAUCUCACACAGGAGAAAAAUACAGGCGAAUGAGAGCGAAAAUAAGAGCGAAUGACUGACAUCACCUGAGUGAUCUGGAAAACAUAUCAGCAAAUUUUACUUUUUUUUCUUACUUUGUUUCACCACAAUGUCUUUCCUUUGAUUGCCCACCUGCAGUCAGCACCCAUAAUUCACUGUGUAGAAUAAUGUGCCCCUUUAUCAGCACUGCAGUAAAAUAUUUAUCUUGAACUUAACAUUCAGACACUCAGUUCUGUUUCAGCCCGCUUUGUCUCCAGGUUUUUUUUUUUUUUUUCUAUUAAUUCUGAGCCUUCAGUACUUUGACUGCAGUAGCAAAAGCUUUGAAAGGUCUAUUGUACAGUCAUUAUUUUUGGCUACCCCAUUAUAUCACCUUUGGAAUCAACAGAUAUAAAUUGUCAGCAUUCUAUUUUGAAUUUUAUUAAUUUGCUGGAAGUUUGUGUGAGCGUGUCUGAAUUACCUGUUAAGCUUGAAAAAGAUUUUUUUUUCUGGCACAGUUCUGUACCCCAUGUUUCUGUAGGGCACAGCGCACUUUGACCUUUUCCCUACUGAAACAGAGCCACUGUGUCCUGUUUGAUCAACUGGGUUCAGAGAAUUGCUCAUAUGUGCCCAUGCGCUUUCUAAAAUGGUCAUCUGUAGCAUUAGUUGUUGCUCUGUGUAAGAAAUUCAACAGAUAACUGCUUUGCAACAUUUAAGGGUUUCUUUCAUUCUCAGAGAUCUGGAUCUGUCUCGUAGCCUGAUGAUUGCAUAAGUUGAAAAUUUUCAUUGAAAUGUUCUUUGCAUCUGUGUCCACACAGCCUAGCUUGUGACUUUUAGAUACAUUUCAGAUGUAUUAAACCUGGUUGAACUUGGUCAACAUGCACAUACAUGUAAAUGAGGCUUGUUAUGAAUAUAGUUCCAUGCACUGAAUGGUUCCUCCCCUUUCCCAAUUUCUUCUUUUUAAUGGCUGUCUUCUUUGGUGGAGAUGCGUCUUUUUGGCACUAUUUUCUUUUUUGUUUGUUUCGUGAAAGUUUGUUUUAUUUUUGCAGUAAAUUGACAUAAUUAUUUAUGCCUAAUAUCAGAUUGAUGUGCCUUUCUGACUUAGCUGGAUAAAAGUCCCUGAAUUACCAGAACUAAUCAGUUCUGUGUGAGCUUUGUAAGUCUGCUUGUGUGUUCAUCAUAUUUUAGAUAUUUGUAGGGAGAAAUCUUGGUGGAUUAGAAAUGGUAUCACUUUAAUCAUUACUUUCCCUUUCUGUAUCAUCACAAGUUGGUCACCUGCUAAUACUGGCCUAUGUGGAUUAGGAUGAUGCCUUUUGCUGUUCAUUUGAUAGAACAGAUUAGAGCUUUGUGAUGUCCAGUGUUUGCUCCCUCUUUGUAGUGUGGCAGCCUUUCCAUUGGAACACCUGUAUGGUGUCAAUCGCGCCUAAAACCAAGCAAAUGUCAAAAGCGUUACAAUGGCAGCUAAUGUGAUAUGUAACCUCUAGAUAAGGUGGUAUAAAGGUUAGAAUUUGUUUUGUUUUACUUCUCAUGAAGUGAAAUUCCUUUAAAGCUUCCCAUUAGUUUAGCUCACCUGGUGAGAUACUGGGAUGGGAUAUUCUGUGGUAACUGUUUCGCUCUCCUCCAAAUCUGAAUUCUUGCCAUGCUGCUGAUGACGGUAACCUUAAUACCUCACAAUAUUUUCUCUUUCUUUUAACUUUCGGUGGCAGUAGAUUUGUAAGUCAUGAUUUGCAAUCGAUGGGAAUGUCCAAAAAAGAACACUGAUGGUAGUAUGUAGAGCUCAUCGCUUAAGAAGCUUAGCCAUGCUGUGUUGAGAUCCUCAGAUGUUUGAUCAGGCUGUAUACUUCGUUUCAUUAUGGUUCACUAUCGAAACUUCUGUGACCAAAUCGGCGAGACUAGCUUUGAAAUAUUUUUUAAGAUAUAUGUGUAUAUGGAGAAAAUUAUUUGUUUUUCUUUUGUUGACAAAUGCUAUAUCGGCCAUUUUUCCUGUACAUAUUGGGGGCUUUUACAAUUUCUUCUCUUGUACUAUUGUUCGGCCCUUUUUUAGAUACCAUUUUCUAAAAAUUCCAAUUAUUCAGUGUAUAUUGACUCUGGAUUUUGCAGACUUCCCUGUACCAUUACUCAUUCAUUGUAAAAGGUACAUGAUCUGCUGCCUGUAUAUUGUACAUAGUUGUAAAACAAAGGCUAAUCAAACUAAAUAAAACCCACAUGAAGACUUACAAAGAAUAUCUAGGAAGUAUAAUUAUAUGCAUAUAUGUACAAAAAAGACUCAAAAGGAUACAACUGAGCUGCUUUCGAUUUACUGUGCAUACUUCACGAUUGGAUGCGUUCACCGUUACUACUUUUUACAAAGAGCUUUAGUGGGACUGUUGGCCUUUUGUUCGGUUCCACUGGGUGUUGGAUUAAGGUUAGUGUUUCUUGAUGCAUGCACUGCACUACUGAGAAUCUCGAGCACAGUGCUAUGAAGUGGCACCUGUCUUGCUGAAUCAUCUCAUGUCCACAUGCUCCUUAAAGACUGAUUUCUUGCCAACAUGCACAAUUCCUCUGACCUCGUGUUCAAACUGAAGUACAUCGUCAUUCUGCAAAUGAAUUCAAAGAAUGGUGCUUUGCUGUCACUUUAUACUAUCUUGUACAAAGCUAUUCAUGAAGGUGUUGUGGCUUUGAAAAUAUAUUGGCUUUGCAUAAACUGAGCACAAUAUGAUUUCUGCAGAACUUUUCAACAUCUUUAUCUCAUUCAGUUCCCUUUGAAUCUUGUAUCUGGGAUCACGCUGGAUGACAGCUUUUGUGCAUGAGUACAAAACUUCCAGAUUUAUUUCAAACCUCUGUUCUAACCUGAAAUUUAAGAUUGUUCGGUUUCUGUCUUGUUUCUCCUUGUUUUUGUUUUUUUUGUGCAUGAUAGUCGUCGUCUUGCUUGGUUCAGGUGACCACUUUGUAUGCUUUCUUGUGCAUAUCAAUGUCACAUUUAACUGAGGUCUCGCUAUUUUAAAUUUAAAUUACAUGUUAAAUAAAGGAUGCGAGGGAGGGAAUUUUGGCUUCUAUUUUAUUUCAUUAUAAAUUCUUCCAAUUCAACGAUUGCUGCCUUUUCCAGCUUCCCACACCCAACUCUUUACAGCUUGCAUGUUUUCUGUGCUACAAGCUAGUGACCACAAGGGGGAGCCGUGCAACUUUGAUUGCUGACAGGAUUAUAAAAGUUCCUUACAUUUAGUCUAAAUUGUUUUAUUUAUUUUCCUUCUGAUCAGUAUGUACCCUUGUUAAUCACAGUUGAUCAGUUUUAAAUGUGUAAAGAGAAAUGAACCCAAUAUAAGUGCUACAGACACUGUAACCUGAAAGGAAGAAAUGUAUACUCAUCAGAUGUGUGAGCAGCAUUUGAAGUGAUGCGUGCGUGCGUGCGUGAGAGGAAACUAUCCAUGUGUGUCCAGGUGUCUGAUACCUUUUACUCGACUUUUUUUUUCUUCUUUUUUUUUUCUUUUUUUUUUUUUGACUGCAACUUUAACUUCCAGCUUCUGAGUUGCAUGUGAAAACCAGUGUAAAUAAUGUAAUUUCUACUCUUGCCCUGAGAAUCUUUUUGAAAUGCAAGUUGAAAUUAUCAGACCGCCUUUAUGGGUCAGUACUAAUAUGUACAAUAGCAAGGUGUUCAGAUAGCGCUCACAAUGUUGUUUGUUUGUUUUUUUGUUGUUGUUUUGUUUUUGUUUUUUUAAAGAAUGUCCUAUAUGACGGCACAUCCUUCAUUUGAAUUAAUUGGAUAUUUGUUUCAUAUCCUUUGUUCUUAAGGUGAAUUCAGUGUGUAAAGGGCUUGGAAGAGCAGCUGAAUUACCAUGUUCGCUUUCCCUGAUGAAUCAAAAACAUUAACUGUUUCAAAGACAAAAAUCUGUCUGUUGCCAGCCUGUCCUGACUCUAAAACAGUGUACGAUCCUGAUUUUUUUUUGGGGGGGGGGGGGGACGAGAUGUCUGAGAUUCACUGCUUCAGUUAAGUCUGACGUGUUGAACUGAAUCCAGCACAGUUUGAUUUCGAGCUGACUGUGAAUGCUGAACUGAUAGUAUAAAAUGAUGAUUAAGAUAAGUUGUAAACUAUUAAAUGGGAUAUUUUCAAUUUAUGCUGUGUAUUCUUGUCUUUGGGUUGGAGAAAAUGAUCAAGCAAAUAAAAAAGUUAAUUAAAAACCUA